AUGCAGUCUUUUUCUGAUGUAAAGAGGCUAGUUUGUUUCAAAAGAGUUUAUUUGCUUCCAUGUGCUAUUAUGGCGGACGGUGAUAAACCAUUCGUGGAGUUGUUUUUAAAAGCAGCCCUAUCAGAUCGGAAAGAAAAAGGAGCUUGUUUAAUCAGCCAACAGUGGCUCAUGACUUUAUGUUGUCUUGUUGAGAAAGGUUAUAUAAAGCUACAGGUUACUCCUAUGACUAUGGAUUUGCAACCUGCCAGUUAUGUGCGACUAAAUGCUGCUCGACAUCUCCCUAUUUCAUGGAUCAAAUCAGGAACUAUAGAUGGCGAGGAUGCCAGUGGACUCGUUAUCUCUUCUACGGAAUCACUAGAAACACUGUUAAUAAAGUUAGGUUGUCCUAAUCUCAAUCGCAACCUAAAGGCGUCUGAUGUCAGAGCAGCUGAGAAAGUUUUUGAAGAUUUGUAUAGCAGUUUAAUGCAGUACAUAAUGUACGAUGAUAAAACGUCUCUUUAUACAGUAUUAUCCAGCUUAAAUAGUUACUUGGCGUCUGCGGCAAAGCCUUAUGCUAUGGGUGAUGAGAUAUCCUAUGUUGAUUGUCAAUUGGCACCCAAAUUACAGCAUGUCCGUGUUGCAGGCAGGGCAUACCAUAAUUUCGAUAUUCCUCUUGAUAUGAAUCACAUAUGGAUUUAUCUUCGGAAUAUUUAUGGCCUAAAUUCGUUUAAAGAUUCUUGCCCAGCAACUCGAGACAUAUUGAUGCAUUACGAUUUAAAAAAGCGGCUCCCAAAGGAAAUUCGUCCCAGUCUUACGGGAUCAGAUAUUCUUUUAGAUAUCCCAGAGGAGUUUCGGUUACCGUCAUCAAAUGGAGAUCACUAUUAA